CCUAGUGGUGUGUGACCGUGUCGCCUGACCGAAGACGCGAUUCUACACUCUGCUAUUUUUGGAUAUGUGCCUUUUCAUUCGUGAUCGACUAAAUACUUGGACGUGUCGAAUAAUCAGGUGUAGAUUAGAUCAAGUAGCCGUGCCUCCAUCUCGCGCGGGCAUCUGAAUCAUCACAGGGAUUCGUGACACGGGGAAAAAAUGGCCACGGCAUCAAGCAUUUAACUGAGACCUCCGAACAAAAACAACCAUAAUGUUACAGCACAACAACAACAAUAACUACCCUUGCUUGGAUGUAGCCCAUAGAGAGCUGCUCCAUGGUUGUAGGCGAAAUGGUAGUACAUUCAGCAGUGCACUUGGCUUUGGCGCAAUCCCACUAAUUAAAGGUCUUAGGGCUUGGGCUGUAAGUGGUGGAUAUUCAAGAAGUAAGAGAAAAGCUGCAGCUGCUUCUCAAGUCGAUGAUCAAGCUCAUGAAAGUAGAAUUGGGACCAGCCAUAGGAAGACACAUUCAUUUCAUACACCUGGAGUCAGGCAAGGAGGACUUGGUGCUCUAGUGACUGUAGCCACAUUAAAAGACGCAGAUGGAGGUAGGCAAACCCAGACUCGAUGCCUCUUUCUUAAAGCCGAAGGAUGUAAUUACCUCUGUGCUGUGGAGACCAGAAUGGAUGGAAGAAAACCUGGAAAGGGGAAUCAGGAUGGCGCGGGAAUUUGUGAUGGGAAACCUGUCAGAAAGUGGAGAAAGUCUAGCAAGAGGCCUAAAUCCAUGGAGAACAUCUCAGUAGUUGAGAAUAAAGAGGAAGUCACCUCUACAAAAUGUUCCAUAACACAGUGCCUAAAGGCAAAAAGUGCCCUGACAGCCAUUAACAAUGAUAAAGAUCAUCUAACUAGGUCAGAGUUUUCCGCUCUACAUGAGAUGUGUGAACCAGCCAUGUGCAGCCCCUGCACCAUUCAAGAUUCUAGUACAGAACUAAAUGAAGACACAGCACUGGCUUCUCGCCCCAAACGCAUCGGUUGUCAUGUUCAUGUGGGACAAGACACUUCCAUUUCCAUCAAUGACUGCACAGAUAAGAUCACAGAAAUCAGUCAUUGCGAGAAUGAUCUUACAGCCGACAUAAAUCUGAAUCAUGUUUUAACAUCUAGGGAAAUCGGUAUGCCAAACUCUGAAGAGCAUAGUCCAGGAUCUGGGGUAAUUAUGCAUAAUGAAAAUGGAAACUUAUCCAUUAAUGACAAUAGUAACAGUAACAAAAAAGACACCACUGAGACUGACAUUUUAGAUGAGAAAAAUCUGAAUAACUCUAGUCAAUUUGACUUGGAGAAAUUAAAACAGCAUGGUCCAAAGUCUGAAGUAUUUUCAGAGGACACCAAUAAGACAAAUACAGCUAUGUUAACCUGUAGUCACAGCCACUGUGAGGAAAGUAUCAUCACCCCUGCAUCUAGCAGUCUUUUAGAUGAUACAUUAAUAACCAUUACACAAGUGGAACAGGGGGUGAAGAAUGAAUUAGAUGAUGGUUAUUUUAACCAUGAUGUGGAGAAGAUUGCCCAUUUCGGUGAAAUAAAAAAUGAUAUGGCCUCUAAUCAGGACAUGGACCAUGUGAAUGAACCAGCAGAGGAGCAUUGGGGGUCACCUUCAUGUUCUUUUUAUUAUAAGCCGGAAAUAAACUUGGAAAUAAAUAUGACAUUUGAGGAUGGAAAAAAAUUAAACAUCACAAAAGAGGAUUUUGAAGAGCUUGCUAAUUCCUUAUCACAAGGUCCUGGCUCUUUCAGCGUUGCUAAUUCUAUUAUAUCCCUUCCUAAUCCGGCCCCCACCACAUACAGAACUGCCCUUAGAUCCAGAAGUAGGCAGCAACAGGAGGAGUCCAAGGGUAGGGGAUUAGCACUAAAGCCAGCAUUGGAGCUGCUAGAAAAACAGGAAAGAGGCUGGGAAGUAGACAAAGUGGCGGACGAAGGGCCUGAAGUGGUGGAUGAGGAAGAAGGGGAUGAGUUUGGAGUCUUUAUGAAGGCAGGAGAUGAGCAGAGCUGGAAUGAAGAAUCCAAUGAGCUCGAAAAAGUGCCUUGUGAGGAGCAUGCUGGCAUUGACCUUAGAAACUCUGUUUCAAAUGAAACCACACCGUGGAUGUCUGAUUGGACCAGAGACAUAUCAAUCAAGCAAUCAGAGGACACAUGGACUGCCUUUACACAGGAAGUGGACAGCAGAGGAACAGAGAAGGAGUGCUGGUUUUCGACUGCUGUGGAAAACCUGCAUCUCACACACUCAUCUCUCAAUACUGUGCCAAAUGUGUUUUUAGAUGCCUUUCCCUAUCUAAAAUCCUCCUGUGGAGAUUCUGACUGCAUUCCCACAUUGACGGAGAUGCUGCAAGGAUCUGCAGGAGAAAAAAGGCCAGAAACAAAUGGGAGACAGAGUCUGUUGGACAGCCUUCAGGAUCUGGACCGCAUUUUUGGUGUGAAAUACAAAGUGGCAGAGUCUUUGUCCCAGAAACGUCUGUUGCAGUCUUUAAAUUUAAGGACACUGAAUCCUGAACGUGCAGGUGGCCGUAGACACAACAUGGCAAGGUUUUCGCCGAACCUUCCUACAUCCAACCAGCAGUUAGCAGCUAAUGCUAAAAGAAGACUUUCUUAUGACAUAAACAGAAACAUCAUGUCAUAAUUUUCCCAGUUUCUAAUCAUUCUGUUCUUCGACAACUGGAGAAAAAAAUAGCUUCAGAUGAAAACAAGAAGAUUUUUUGUUUCCAUAAGGCUGUACCCUUUGUUCCCUUCUGCACUCACAUGGGAGAUUGGCUGUUGUAUAUUUAUGUCUGUUAGUAUUUUAGUAUGUUCAUUUCCCCAACAACCUAUUUUAGCUCAACACAGAGCAUAUUUUAGUGCAUCCUAAAAGACAGACGUUCCUGGGUCAACAAGGAUUAGCUUGAUCAUAUGAAAUGAACUCAUUUACCUUACUUAGUGAACUUUGCUAAUGGUUUUGAUUACUUAAUUAAAGCAUUUGGUUCAUAAUGCAUUGCUUAAUUUGACUUAACAUCAAAUAUCUACUGCUGGAAAAAGAAUGUUGAUUUUAGUUAGCCCAACUAGUUAGUUUGUUAACUUAGUAAAUAUUACCAGACCACUAUAUACUUGUUUUUUAUCAAUUCAUUUAUUCAUUUAUCAUUUAUCAUCUACUGUAGAUCCUAUGUUGUGAUAGAUUUGAAGAUUGUCCUAAGAACUCUGCGUGCUAGGUAGGAAUCCAUCAAAGGACACAAUGCAAACAUGUUCUUUUAAACCGAUGGGUAAUUUAUCCAAUCCACCAGAACUAUGAGGGAACCCAACGCAGACCCAGGAAGGUCACACGAAGAACAGAAAGUCCCCACAUGCAGUAACAAUUACUAUAUUAUAUAAUGAAAUUAUGGUUUGAUUAUUAAUAGUG